ACGAUAUGUGGGUAGUACAGGUAAACGAUAUGUGGGUAGUACAGGUAAACGAUAUGUGGGUAGUACAGGUGAGCAAUAUUAUGUGGGUAGGACAGGUAAACGAUAUUAUGUGGGUAGAACAGAUAAAGAUAUUAUGUAAGUUGGACAGGCAAACGAUAUGAUGUAAGUUGGACAUUAUUGUGUGGGUAGAACAGGUAAAAGAUAUUAUGUGGGUAGGCCAGGUAAACAGUCUCUAGUUAUUACUUAUUUUGGUAGAAUAACAUUGUUUUUCUACGAAUGGAGAGUUUAUGACGCAAGGCAGUGAAAGCUGAAAGGAAGCUGCCGGGCAGAAGCCUCCACUAUCAUCCAAGUCCAAGUCUCUUAGGAUCGGAUCGUGGGUGGAACCUUAGGAACCUUUAUGGGGCUGGAAAAACUGAACAGGUCCUUCAAGAGAUGCACCGAUACCGACUACAUAUGCUGGGAAUAGGCGAAACCCACUUGAACCAGUCUGAACAGAAACAUAAUAUGAAAGGGGGGGGCUUUUCAUUUAUUAGGGAAAUGAAAGUGAUGGACCACACAGGGAAUGAGUAAGGAAAAACAUAUCCAAAACAUCUCAAAAGACAUUCAGGGGCUGGGAAGCGCACGGCCCAAGGAUCGUCAUGGCCUCAUUUGGAACAAAGAAAGAACUCAAGGGAAGAGAUGGUAGUAAGAAGGUCAUAGACAUGAACAUCAUACAAGUGUAUGCCCCAACUAAUGAUGCAGAAAAGGAGAAUGAAGAUGACUUCUACGACCGCCUGCAGAGUGUGAUCGACAAACGUCCAGGUAAGGACAUCGACAUUGUCAUGGAGGACCUAAAUGCAAAGGUAGGUUCGGACAAUAGUAAUUGUGAGCAAAUGGGCAGACAUGGAUUAGGAGAGGCAAAUGACUACGGAGAAAGAUUCCAGAACUUCUGUGCAUUCAACAACUUGGUUAUUGGAUGAACAAUCUUCCCACAUAAAAGGAUUCAUAAGGCCACUUGUGUCUCCUCAGAUGGAGCAACAGAAAACCAGAUUGACCAAUUUUGCAUCUCCCGAAAGUUUAGACGUUCACUAGAGGACGUCCAAGUCUUACGAGAAGCAGACAUCGCAUCAGACCACCAUUUGAUCCUUGGAAAGAUAAAACUGAAACUGAGAAGGUGUGCAAAAGUCACAUCUGGAAGUCGUCAAAAGUAUGAAGUCAGCCUUCUGAAAGACCCGCUCAGCAAAGAAGAAUGAAUUCAAAUUGGAACUGAAGAACAGAUUUCAAGCCCUUCAAGAUCUGGAUAAAUGUGAAGUAAACGAACACCGGAACAAGAUAAAAAGCGGCAGUAAAUGCAAUGUGCCAGAACACCCUAGGACCCAAAAUCAGGACCAGGAAUGAAUGGAUUUCACAUGACUCUUGAGAAAGUCAAAAGAAGAAGAGAGCUGAAGGCCCAAGUCAACAACAGCCGUACCCGAACUGAGAAACUCGCUGCACAACAAUAGUAAACCGGGAGGUACAGAAUUCCAUCAAGAGAGACAAGAAUACCUACCUGAAUGGCCUGGCCGAAAAAGCAGAGAAAGCAGCAACAGACGGACACUUGCGGAUUGGACACCAGACAACAAAAACUCUUUCAGGUAGGUUCAGCAAGCCCGCUCUACCAGUGAAAGACAAAGAGGGAAAGACUAUAUUCGACCCAGAGGGGCAACUCAACCGAUGGAGAGAGCACUUUGAUCA